AUGAAUCUCAAGACUGUUACCAUCCUCCUCGGCCUAUGCGAGAUACUCCUCGCCGUCCCCAUUCAAGGCUCCCAGAAAGAUAAACGCCAGGGUCUCGAAGGCUUUAAUUUCGGUGAUCUGGCGAGCACAGGUGCCUCUGGCACCAGCGCAGGCUCAAACACCAACCCGUUUGGGUCGUUGUUCUCUGGCGUUCCGUCCACGAGCGGCUCAGGCUCCUCAGCCGGCACCGGGAAUAUGAUUCUCCCAGCUGGAACUUUGACCUCUGGAUCUCAAACCGGUAACGACGAAACGAACCAAGGACAGUCUGGUUCUGGCGACCUUUCCCAGGGCGGAGAGGGUGGUCAGGACGUCGAGGAGGCGGGUCAAGACGGCAAUGAGGGUGACGGCCCAGAAGACGAGACCGUUGCUUGA